UCCUACAGUACUGUUUCUUUUGCUGUUGGUGUGGCUGUGUAGGACACUCUAGAGAAGCACGGUCGGGAAGGGAUCCAUAAGGCCAUGUACUCGCUCCUGUCCUGGGUCCUAGAGCAGAGCAGAUCCACCAUCGAAGCUUUCUGGAGCAACAUGACUAAAGACUACAACCUGGACAGCUACCCCAAGCUGCAGACACUGGUCUCUAACCCGCACUCGAAACGGGAUGUUGCAGGUACUAGAGGUGAGAAGAGAUCUUCUGGAGGUCACAAAACUCCUCACACCAAAAAGAGGAGCCACAAGGACGGAGAGAUCAACCACCACAAUCAGCACUCACAGUAUCAUGCCAAGACAAGUGACGGACCAGGGGGAAACGUGAAGUUAUACAGAGUGAAGAGUGAAGCUCCAGACCCUCAGCUGGCAUCUGGAAAAAGUGUGCAGGCAGUGUCCUCAUCAGUCCAGAGAGGAGUCACGCUCUCUUCAGCCUCCUCCACUGAGCUGCCACUCAGCCAUAAAACCAGAGAAAAGAUCCAUAUCAAGCAGGUGUUUGGCUCAGAUGGGACUGCCAGGAAGUGCAUUAAAGUUGGUGGGGAGUUUUACACUUGUCACCCAUCAGAGGAAAUAACUGGAGCAUCCAAGUCCAAAGCUGCUAAGAGCACAUUCCACCACAAGGGGGAGACAACCACAGGCCUGGUUCACUAUAAUGAUGAUGAGUGUGCGGUGUGUAAGGACGGAGGGGAGCUGAUCUGCUGUGAUGGCUGUCCCCAAGCUUUUCAUCUGACCUGCCUCAACCCUCCACUCACAUCCAUACCAAGUGGCCCUUGGCAGUGUGAAGGGUGCUGUGGUAACAGAGUGAAAAGAGAGGAAACCCUGAUACCUUUACAAUCACUGAUGGCCCGGCCUCAGCAUUCAAUCACCAGCUCCACUAACUCCAUCACAGACGUCUCCUUCUUCCCCUCCAUGUCGUCCUCCUCCCUCACAAGUGGCACAGCUUCUUUGAACACUCCCAGUGGCAGAAACCAGUGCUCAGGUGGAGAGCUGAUCAAUGUGAGGGAGGUGUGUGGUGUUUGUCGCCUUGGAGGAGGGGACCUGACUCGCUGCCUGCAGUGUUUGGAGCGUUUCCAUGUACACUGCCAUUUCUCCAAAGAAGCGUCUGACUCACUCAGUGUUUGCACGUUUGCUAGAGGGAGGUCCAUCUGCUCAUCCUGCUCCAGGCCCUGGGGCAGCUCAGCAGAAAAAGAGGCUGAAUCCAGUGGCUCACAGUUCACCCCAGUGGUUCAAAAUGCACUUGGUCAUGAUCAGAGCUCAUCUGUCUCUGAGUCCAUCCUCCAUAAAGAUGAACUCGACUCCAUCCUGGGAGAUGGCUCUAUUGAUGGCAUCUUUCAGUGGCCUUUCCACAACAUCUCUCGGCCUCUUCCGGACUCUCAGGGAUGUUACCAGUGACAGACACACAUGCAAAAUCUAUGACAGCAUAAGUGCUUCCACAUUUCCUCCCUCUCUUUGCAGCAUUACACCAUGGCUGAACAAGACUAAUUGUUUAGGACAUGGGAUCAGCACUGAUGUGGGAUGGUUGGCAAAAUACACACUUUAGCUACUGCAGUGGUUCUGUACAUGCAUAUACUGUAGUUGUAUGUAUUUUCAUUUUUGCAUGUGUUUUUAUGUGAAUGAGAACUGUUUAUACCUUCAGGGAAAACAAUGCUGGACAGAAUAGGAGAGGCCAUAGUUUUGCUGCAGAUCCUUCAGAGACACAUUAAUGUCAGAUAAGAACAGUGUCCCAUAAUAAUAAACCAAUGUCUUCAAGUACAGCAAUAAGAAAACAAAGACAAUGCAAUCUUCCAUGUGUCCACAACAACUGUUUUUCUCUCUCUCUCUCUCUCUCUCUCUCUGUGUGUGUGUGUGUGUGGAUAUGGAGAAGAAUUCUCACGUUCUACCAGAUGGUUUCAAUACGAUGAGGUAUGCACACUGAGAAAUGCCUCUGUUUAAAAGGAAUUCCUUCAAGACUAUCACAUAGAUGAGGAAUGUUGUUUUUGUCAUGGGAUUCAAGAGUUUUAGCAUGACUGCCAGAGGGAUGGAGCUCGGCCAGACAGCACACAGAUCUUUCCCCCUUGGUAUUUGGUUGCCAUGGACCCCAGCUCCUACAGGCCCAAAACAGAGGAUGAGAAACGUAUUCACUCCAGCGUGUGUUUGUGCAUGUGCGCUUCUGUUUGUUUAUCAGUCCACUUUCUAAAUGGUUUGGGAAACAUUCUGUGUUCUUGAGGGUGGUGUGUACUUGCAGGAAAAGUAACAUCAAUAACAGAAACUUCAUUUUUUUGGUUGUUUUUUUUUAAGAGGGGAAAGAAUCAAGCACUAUUUCAGGCAAUGAGAAUAACAGCUCACAGCCUUAGUUCCUCAUUCUGUGGUCUAUUCUAGCUGAGAUGGUAUUUUGCAUAAAAACCAGCUUACAUUGUUUCCUUAAUUGUGUAAGCUUCUAUCAUGACUCGUGUUUUACCGCACCACAUGAGCGACCACAUGGAAAAACAUGAACUAUCCUGAGAGCUCCCUCGGUAACACCUUCUGACCACUAGGUGGCACCCGUGAGAACAAUGGAGUUGUACAUUGGUCCAGUGGACCAUGACGCUCAAGUGAUACACUAUGUUAGUAUGUUAAGAGGAAGUGUUUCCUUUAACAAAACAGUGUUGGCAAAAGCGUGGGAAUUGCCCAGAUUUCAUCACAACAAAAGAUGUUUGUCACAGCUAUUUCCUACACAAAUAUGACAAACAGAUGAGCUUUACACAGUCCAGUGUUUGAACGCAGCUAUUUUCUCAAAUACUGUACUUAGGUGCAAUUUUAGGUACAUGUACUUUAGCUGACUAUUUACAUUUUAAACAACUUUAUUCUUCAAUUUCACUUAAAUUUAAAGGGAGUUACUUUUUGUUCUAAGUAUUUUUCUAGAUUAC